AUAUCACACGGCACAAAUAAAAAAGCUCAAACAGUAGGUAAAGCUAUUGCAUACCGACACCUGUAGAUUUCUUCAAACUUAUAACAAUGUCCGCCGAAGUCAUCAGGAGCUUUUUUCCAAUUCUCCUCCCGCAGGCCGAAUCGAAUUCCCACGUCGCUCCUCUAAUCAACGCCCUAUUUCCCAAAUACAUACAAAAGAUGUGCCCUGUGCCCGCAAUUCAUCUUCAGGGAAACUUCGAGUUGAAAUGGCCGACGGUAGCCGUAGCCUGCAUAGCCGGCGGUUUAUUAUCCCUCCUAGCCGGCGGUCGCAUGAUUUGCCGCUCCGCUUCAAAAAAGGGCUUCUUUACCUGGGGUUUCGCGCUGUUCUGGUACGGCAUCAUGUGCCUGGGCGGGCUUUUUUAUCACUGUAUUAAACCCUCGGUAGUUUUCCGUAACGUGGACGUCAUCGCAACGGCUUGCUCAUCGAUAUCAGUGGUCGCGGGAUCGAUUCUCGCUGACGACACCGCCCUUUCACAGCGGCUUCCAUUGCUUGUGAUCUACGUUUCCACGGCAGUCGCAGCCAUUGGCGGUGUAGAGCUGGUGCCCGAGUUUCUGUACCUGGGCCCCACUGCUGUUGCAUUUGUGGCAGCAGCGUGGUUUAUAUGGAGGGUUUUUACAGGCAAUGGUGUUAAAUGGUGUGAAGAUAUGGCGGUGAAAUGGUGGUGCGCUUUGGCGGCGGGCGGUGCGAUUGUGGGUUUGGGAAGCGUGGUGUGUGAUAAAUGGCUGUGUCUUAUGUUGGGCUCCAAUUUCCUGCUUUACUUUUUCGUGGGAUGCAAUAUUGCCCUUUUUGGUCUCUGUCAAAUCGUGAUUGAGUUGCAGAAUUCGGCCCGUGAGGACAAACAUUCGUAAAGUUUUCGCUGCCGCCAUUAAUUUUUUUUAAGGAUCGGAUAUUUGAAUUUAUUCUUUUCGCUCCUGAUGGAGCCAUUCGUUUGUUUACGAGAAUUCACUAAAUUGAUUGAAUUGGAUAAGCAUUAAAAAGAGUC